AACUGUUGGGUGCAAGUGAAGUUUUUUUUAUCCGAAAGCUAGCUCAAGGGGAGAGGGCUAUCCACACUCUUGUGAAUGACACAGUUAUCUUCGUGUGGCUUUUCUUUCGUAUGCGAAGGUCUCCCGAUUUGCAACCCAUCAACUCAUACUAGUUUUUCGAACUAGUAUAGUAUAGAUGUUUUACCAAGCAUUCUUGUCUGAUAAGCUAACUUAUAAGUAGAGGACUUUGCUGGUACACUUCGAAGGGGUGCUAUCUCUUCCAUGAUUGAAUAAGUUUAUGGAACAUUGAUUAGCAGAGCUGGUAUUCAGGCUCGAGACCUUCGGGAUCGAAAGUUGGCUAUUUCACCAUUCAUUCACUCUCUCAUUGGUAGCUUAUGUUAAUACGGACAUAAAUCCUUAUCUUUUCUCUAUUACAUGCUUUUUCUGGCCAUGUGUGACAGUCAUUCAUGGUCGAUAAAGAUGUUAUGCUAGUAUUCUGUGCUAUAACUCAAAUUAUCUGGUGCUCAUAUAGAGUUUGACGUUAUGAAAGAAAAGAUAGAAUUUUUUGACAUUAUCCACUAGAUUUGUGGGGUUGAUGAGCGCUAAUAUUAAGUUAACCAUGAUUAGAAAGUAAGCUCUAAGAAUGAUAAAUGUCAUAGUCAUAUUAUUUUUAGUGUAUGUAAAAAUAAGGUCAUUUUCACCAACUAUGCUGUCUUUGUCCAGUUUAUUCCCCCAAACUUUUAACUGCCAAUGAAAAAUGACCAUUUCUGGAGAUGUUAAUUCAGCUAGGCCGGCCCAGGCACAGUAGAGGGUCCUCUCCAGGUUGUCAUUUAGUCAUCUCACAGAGAGAAAAGAAUAGAUUAAGCAAAAUAUAAGACAAAAUGAAUCCCUAGUAACCAGCAAAACCAGUUGAUCAACCUUGUUACCAAGGUGACAAACUGGAGGAUAUUGAUUUAUAUUAUUAAACCUUUUACUAUUCCCCCUCUUUAAAUCGUUUUGUGAUGUUUCAUGGUGUCAUCUCCCUUAAAUCUAAACCUAAUCAGAAUAAUAUUCGAAAUAAUGGAAUUCAAAUAGGUUACAAAAGAAUUCUUGUUUUACUUCAGUCUUUUUGUACUUAUCCUUGAAAGGUUUAUUUAUUCAAUUAUGUCCAUAGCUUGCAUUUUCUGUCUCUAUUCACUUUUCCUCUUCACAAGCAAGGCAAUAUGCUUUGAAAUGAAAAUGAUGGGAAUGAAAAAGAAAAAAGUAAUAAACAAAUCCAUCUAGCAGGGUUUUUUCUUCUUCUCCAGAAUGAGGGUGUAAAAGGUUCCGUUAUCUAAAUUAUUAAUCAAACUUGAAUUUGAGAUCUCAAGAACAUUGUAAUUAAUCUAGUAUCGAAGACCAGGAUAAUUAGAACAGAUAGAGUGACAAUCCAAAGUAGUGGGGUGUUUUGUGUUCACUUAGUGGUUUGUUGGGUGUAGUAGUAAUCCCAUAGUUAAUUUAGUAUCGAAAAUCUAUUAAUUAAUAAGUUUAUUUAGCAUGUUUUCUAUUUAGAGGGUUUAUUUCCAAUUACUAUAACUAGGAGUAGCUUCGAGUAGUAGUAAAACUUUUGGCCAUUUUCAGCUGUAAUAGAAGAAAAUUAUACAACCCAUUUCUUUAAUCCUUCUUCCCUUAUACAAAAGACUUGACCUUUUCCAAAAGGGAAACAAACAAACAAAAGAAAGGUAGAAGAAGAAGAAGAAAAUAUGAUAAAUUCUGUGUGUGGAAGUGUGGGUUCUCUCAAGAGUACUGAGAGCAGCUCAUGCUCCACCAAGAUGCAGCAUCAACAACAGCAACCAACUUCCCCAAAUGAAUCCUCUGUUUGCGAGUCCAAGAAAAUAACCAUGUCUUCUAAUUCAGACAUGGAACAACUUCAACUAACUCCACCAAGUCUCAAUUUUCCUGCAGUGAAGUUCGAGGUGGUGGGCGAUGGAGAUAUUGAAGUCCAGUCCCCAGACAGUUCCAUUUGGGAGAGCUUCUUCUCCGAUCAUGUCGUUGAAGGCGACUUCAUGAUCUCUUCCCCCGUCCGUACCACCAGCAACCUGUUUCCUUCGCCGUCAAGUUUCAGCUACAGCAGCUACGUGCAGGCAAUGCAACAAGGGCAGAGUACUGUGGCCGGAUGUUCUCCGCCACGGCAUCUCUCGUCCCAACUGGGGAGCUUUAGCUCGAGUUUGAAAGGGAAAGGGCAGAGCCCUCUUCACAGGAUGUUCAACUCUCCUGGUAACAAUUAUAUGCAGCUGGAGAACCUCUCGUCGUUGCCCGGUGGGAUCGAGGAUUUUUUGGAGGAUAAUAAGAUGAGCUCAACCCCAUCGCAUCAGCUGUUUGAUCUUUCAAUACCGGUUUCUUCGUUGAUGGAUAGUUGUUUGACGACGUCGAACCCUUCGAGGUUUAGUGAGGAUGGUGCCGGUGGCGGAGGGGGGAGUCAUGAUCAUGAUCAGAUGGUGGUGCAAGAAAGGGAGAUGUUUCCUAUGGGGACUCUUUCUGAUCGGUUGCAGGAAGAAAGGGAACAAGAGAAGCAAGUUAAUCUGCUGACGAGGCCGGCCGCAACAGAACCGGCGGCGAGGACUACAGGUGGUAAUGGUGGUGGUGCAAUUGAACAUGGGUUAAUGGCGCCUCUGCCUAUUGGCUCCGAGCAGGAGCAAUCCGACAGUGGGCUACAACUCGUACACCUUCUGCUGGCCUGCGCAGAAGCAGUCGCCAAAGAGGACUACAUGCUAGCAAGGAAAUACCUCCACCACCUGAAUAGAGUCGUCACUCCUCUUGGCGACUCUAUGCAGAGAGUCGCUGCUUGCUUCACCGAAGCAUUGAGCGCCAGGCUUGCUGCCACACUUGCAACCAAGCCAACUACUUCCACUCCAAGACCAUUCACUCCAUUCACAUCAAGCUCCAUGGAGAUCCUCAAGAUUUACCAAAUCCUCUACCAGGCCUGCCCCUACAUCAAGUUUGCCCACUUCACCGCCAACCAGGCCAUCUUCGAGGCCUUUGAGUCCGAGGAACGUGUCCACGUGAUCGACCUUGAUAUCCUACAGGGCUACCAGUGGCCUGCAUUUAUGCAGGCACUCGCAGCCCGACCAGGUGGGGCUCCUUUCCUUCGGAUCACAGGCGUGGGGUCUUCUCCUGAGUGUGUUCGUGAGACUGGACGGUGCCUGACCGAGCUGGCCCACUCCCUCCACGUACCUUUCGAGUACCACGCGGUCGCUGAGGAGUUGGAGGAUCUCAGACCACAUAUGUUCAACCGCAGGGUUGGGGAGGCUCUGGCUGUGAACUCAGUUAACAGGCUUCAUCGCGUCCCUGGAAAAUCCAUCGGCCCGCUCCUGGCCAUGAUCAGGGACCAGGCUCCUAACAUUGUUACCCUAGUCGAACAGGAAGCCAGCCACAACGGUCCUUACUUCCUGGGGAGGUUCCUCGAGGCAUUGCACUACUACUCUGCGAUCUUCGAUUCCUUGGAUGCCACGUUUCCUCCAGACUCGGCCCAGAGAGCCAAAGUGGAACAGUACAUCUUCGCCCCUGAGAUCAGGAACAUCGUGGCCUGCGAGGGAGUCGAGAGGACUGAGAGGCACGAGAGACUCGAGAAGUGGAGGAAGCUCAUGGAAGGGAAAGGGUUCAAAGGUGUGCCCCUGAGUUCGAAUGCUGUGACCCAGUCGAAGAUACUCUUGGGAUUGUAUUCGUGUGAUGGGUAUAGGCUGACUGAGGACAAAGGUUGCUUGCUCCUAGGGUGGCAGGACAGAGCCAUUCUUGCUGCCUCUGCAUGGAGAUGCUGAUGCAAUGGUUGAUGAUGAUGAUGAAUGGUCAUGAUCAUGAUCAUGAUUGGUGAUCAAUGAAAGUGAUUUGGACAGCUAGUGAUCAAUGGUGAUGAUCGUGAUGAUGGAAAAAUUCUUGUGGGUAACCUUUUCCCCUUUUUCUUCUUCUAAUGUUUAGCACGUCUAUGUGGCGUGUCUCUGUUCGAUAUUUCUAUAGAGUUUAAUAUGGAUUUGUUUUUUAUUAUUUUGAUUAUUAUAGUUUGGUUACUUGGUUUCAUCGCUUGUCUUGAGAAUCAUCGAUGAAGAAAAGAAGGGGAAAAAAAAAACAAUGUUGGAGUAAAAGGAAGUGCAAAGACAAAGGAAGGAACCCAUUAGAAAUUUGAUCCAAUUACCAUUUUUUGCUAUUUAAUUACUAGAUGAUUUUUUGUGUUAAUGUAAUUUUCAGAUAUUUUGGUGUUUUGAUUAAUUAUUAUUAUUAGGGGUAAACUAUAGUCUAUAGAUAGUUAAUUCAUCCAUGAAUAGAAUAUAAUCCUCCUGUUUCGUGAAGAUCUUUAUGUUGAUGGUUGAAAGAUUAUAUAUUGCCUUUUUUUUUUUUUUGCUUCAUAUUCAUUCAAUGUUGGAAAUGAUGCAUUCCUUAGGCUAUUCUGUUGGGUUGGUGACAUUUUCUGGCCAUAUAUUGUUGAUUAAACACAUACUUGUUUUCUAAAAUUAAAACUUUUUGUCCAUUUCAUUCGAUCCAUGACAAAUAAGUACAUUGUAAAUGA